GAACGGUAUCGGAGUGACCGGAGAUUCGGAUGGUGAAGCGGGGUGUUGUAAAUAAUUGGGGAGAGUGAGGGGGGCCUCGGGACCACGGAUCUUCGUCACUACUCCGUACCGGUGCGUACGGAAAGUAUAAAGCUCGUGCAUCCUCGGCUUCACUUGGCUUCAAUGUCCCAUUGACGCGGUCUUCGAUAUAUACGUUAAGAAUUCAACGCACGUUCGGCAACAUCCUCACAUCAUGGCUCAAGUUCUCAUCGUCUACCCCUCGGGGCCCUCCUUCGACUUGGAUUACUACCUCAAGAAACACAUGCCCUUGGUAUCCGAACUAUGGACACCUCACGGGCUGCUCAGCUGGGACGUGCUCACCUUCCAGGCUGACGCGCCCUACCAGGUGCAGGCCACCUUGUACUGGGAGUCUCUCGAGGCCUUUGAGAAGGCGGCCGGCCAAGAGGUUACUGCCAAGAUCUUUGGCGACAUUCCCAACUACACAACUGCGCAGGCGGUUAUCCUCAAGGGCAAGGUUGUCGCGAAGAAGUCGGAUUGAGGCGCUUGGACGCAGAGUGAAAGGCGCAGCAUCGAGGAGGGCCAGUGUGCUAUGAACAUAUUCAGCACAAGAAAGGGUUCGAAUCUCGAUCGAUAUGUGUGUAGCUGUAUAUUCAGACUUUGUGCCUGAUGUCGACGGUCGGGGUGCAUGUCCGAUGGUCGUUUGUCAGGCCGUGAUAGUUCUAGUGCUUACG